AUUCAACCGUCCCGCGAAAUGAGGAUUUCCUCGGCUUGGCUUUUCGUUUUGGUUAUCUGCAUUAUUCAAAAGCAGGCCUACUUAGCCUUAUUUCUGUUCCCAACCUGCGGAAUAUCCUAUGAGUCACUUUUCUCCUCCAGAAUUUUUGGCGGAAGGGAAGCCGUAAUUAAAUCGGCGCCAUUUAUGGCGUAUUUGUUCUACCAAUCCAAACUUUAUUGUGGCGGAACGAUUAUCAGUCAGAGGCACGUAUUGACAGCUGCUCACUGCAUCAGAUCACAUUUAAAGGUGCGUCUGGGGGAGCACGAUAGAAGAACGAAUCCCGACUGUCAGGGGAUAAGUUGCAGUCCGCCCGUCGAGGACUUCGAGAUUCAAAAGGCCACAAAGCAUCGAUCCUUUUCUAGGAACCUAGUCCACGACAUUGCUCUGCUCAAGCUGAACAGGAAUAUUGUUUUUAACAUUCACAUCCAGCCAAUCUGCCUGCUCCUUAAUCCGGCGGCAGCGCCCCACGUGACCGAGUUCCAGGCCUACGGAUGGGGCAGAACCGACACCAACUACUCCUCCAAUGUGCUCCAGACCACGAGACUAACCAACUACGAACAUGGCUACUGCCGCUCGGUGCUCCCACUGCCGGUUACGCAAAACCAGCUGUGCGUCGGCUUCCAGGGAACGGACACCUGCUCCGGCGACUCCGGAGGACCCCUGGUGGUCAAGGUGGUAUACGACGGAGUGGCCCGCCACCUGCAGGUGGGCAUCGUUAGCUACGGCGAGGAUCGGUGCCACAGUCCGGGGGUCUACACAUACGUGCCAAACUACAUUGAUUGGAUUCGAUAUGUUAUACGCGCAAGUUCAGUAGCAACGUGUUCGUCACGCGAGAUGGGGACCACCUCGGCUUGGACUCUUAUUGGACUCUUUCUGAUACUCCAUCUGCAUGCGCUGGAUGGCUAUUUCCUGAACCCGUUAUGCGGGGUAUCCUACCCGCCUUCGGUGAGCUCGAGGAUCACCAACGGUAGGGAAGCCGUACUCCGAUCGGCUCCGUUUAUGGCCUACUUGUAUGUGAACUCUUAUCUUCAUUGUGGAGGAUCGAUCAUCAGUUCAAGAUACGUUCUAACGGCCGCCCAUUGCAUAGUGAAUCAGAUAAAGGUGCGGCUGGGAGAACACGACGUGACCACGAAUCCCGAUUGUCAGGGAAUGAGUUGCUCUCCCCCCUCUCAGGUUUACGAUAUCUCACUCGCCAUAAUGCACCGACUUUUCAGUAAUUCAACCCUUGCCCACGAUAUCGCUUUGCUGAAACUGAGCAGAACCAUCGAGUUUGAUGCGCAUAUUCAGCCGGUCUGUUUGGCCCUUAGCCCAGCGACUACCGCCAACUUGCGAGAGUUCCAGGCCUUCGGAUGGGGCAGGUUCAACCAGCGUCACUACCCGACCAAGCUUCAGACCACGAUGCUAACUCGAAUGGACAACAGCUACUGUCGCAGGGCGGUCAACAUGCCAAUGACCAACAACCAGAUUUGCGCGGGCUUCGAGGGAACGGACUCCUGUAAGGGAGACUCCGGUGGUCCGCUGGUGGCCAAAGUGAACUUCGACGGAGUCAAUCGAUACCUCCAGCUGGGCAUCGUGAGUUUCGGACCCGACUAUUGCAUGAGUCCGGGAGCCUACACUUAUGUGCCGAACUACAUCGAUUGGAUCAGGCAGAAGAUGCGGAUAAAUGGAAAUUAAUAACCUCAAUUCUUGUCUGACAUUAAUAUUAUC